ACCAAAUAUACUGAUAGUCGAACAUUGGUCGCUCGAAAUCAAUCCCGUGAGGAUUCUAGUUCCUCCACUUCACAAACUCUCUCCACUUCUGGAAUUGGAACCUCUACCAAGCACACCGACAGCCGAUCAGGUAACACUCUUUCUGUUCGCAAGAAUUCAGGUUCCAAUUCCAGUGCACCUCCUCUCCUAGAUCGUCUCCCUUGCCAGCUUGCAUAUGCACCAUCCUCAUUGGAUGCUCUUCUGGAUUGGCUGCUUCUGAAGCCUUUCAAAUGUCGACGAGAUGAAAAAGGUGUUGAGAAUGAUCAGGAUGUCCCAGUUUGCCCUCUUGGACCAGCGUUUAGUAUCUACCUAAUGUUGAGAGCAAUUUGCCGCCAAUGCGAUAGAUGGGAAGCACUUGAAAAUAAGAAAAUGACCCCCUCCACGAGCGCAGAGCUGAAAUCUAAGCAACGAAUUCGACGACAACGCGAGCUCCUGUCGCUCUUCGUGGCAGUGACGGAUCGAUUGGUUUCAGUGGAGCGUCAGUUAAGCGAAGACAACAUCAAUUCAACUUCUCGUGCUGACUUGGAAGGCAGAGCUCAGCAAGGAGCAGCCGUACUCUCGAAUGUCAGUCAGCUUCUACACUUUAUUUCAAAAGAUGCUGAUCUUCAACGUAUAUUUCAGUCCGGUGAAUACAGUAAAGACAGUGGUGAGGAAUGCGGUUCAAGUUGGCUGGGUUUGGUCGAUCGACUUGCCGAGUUGGUUCAAUCAGUUUUCAACAAUCUUCUGUCAACUUUAACAUCACUAAUAUCCUACAAAAGAUGUCUUCCUGCACUUGUUGCAUCCUGGGAUCUUCGAGCAAGUACCUGUCGUGAAAAUGAGACAGAAGGGGGCGAAGAAGAGGAGAUUGAAAUCACAGAUGACACUUCGAUUAGUGAUCUGUCGGAUCCUGUACUUGAAGAAUUAACAAAGAUCCUUGGAAUACUUCAUGCCAAUUUAGUGAAUCCAGCAUUUCUGGUACAACUCUUUGCUCGUAUUCUACACUACAUCAGCGCUCGACUCUUCAACAGUUUGAUUGAAGAACCAGUUCGCGUCUCUCCACAAUGGGGUCGUCUCCUCUCCGAAUGGAUCUUCAAGAAGUUGGUUGGAUGGGCUGAACCUCAGGGACUGCGCGUAGCAGUGGAGUGUUAUCUCACUCGAUUAUCCCAGGAUUUGAACACCUCUAAGGCUUCCAAUGCCAUUACUGAAAUACUAGCUUUUAAUUAUCUCCAGUGGCAAUUUUAG